AGGCCCAACCCUCCCCUGCCCCGGGGAAAUAUUGCUGACCCCUGUGCCUGUGGUUAGAGGACUUGCUUUGACUUCUAGGAUCUUUUCAGCCUGAGGAGACUGAGCCCCACAUCUUCACAGAGCAGUGCAUAAACCACCCCACCUUUAACCUUCCUAUGAAAAGUUUCUGAAACCAUGAAUCCUGUUUAUAGCCCUGGAUCUUCUGGGGUUCCCUAUGCAAAUGCCAAAGGAAUUGGUUAUCCAGCUGGCUUCCCAAUGGGCUAUGCAGCGGCUGCUCCUGCCUAUUCACCUAAUAUGUAUCCUGGAGCAAAUCCUACCUUCCAAACAGGUUACACACCAGGCACACCAUAUAAAGUAUCUUGUUCACCUACCAGCGGUGCAGUGCCCCCUUACUCUUCAUCACCCAAUCCCUACCAGACUGCUGUGUAUCCGGUUCGAAGUGCCUAUCCACAGCAGAAUCCAUAUGCACAGCAAGGCACUUACUACACACAGCCUUUAUAUGCAGCACCACCCCACGUAAUCCAUCACACCACAGUUGUGCAGCCUAAUGGCAUGCCAGCAACCAUGUACCCUGCUCCAAUUCCACCACCAAGAGGAAAUGGUGUGACUAUGGGAAUGGUGGCUGGGACUACUAUGGCAAUGUCAGCAGGUACUUUGUUGACCACUCAUUCCCCAACUCCAGUUGCUCCUCAUCCAGUUACUAUGCCCACAUAUCGGGCUCCAGGAACACCAACCUAUAGCUAUGUGCCCCCACAGUGGUGAUCAUCCUGGCAGUGUUUGAAGAUGGGAGAUAUGCAAUCAAGUAAUUGAGGUUUAAAAGUUGGUGCUGAAGCCCUCAUGCCUCCAACCAGGACUUUCUUCUGAAUGCUUUCAACACUUUGCUAAACACUACUAAUUCCUGAUCACUGAAGAUUUUCCAGUGCUGCAUAUCUUACAUCUUGGAACUCCAGCAGUUAGUCUUAAAGCAAAUCUUGUUUUGUGGACUGUCUUGCAAUUUUUUUAGCUAAUUAUAAUGAUAAAAAGGGAGCAUAAAUUUAUUCUGAUCCAUAUCUAGUUGAAUGCAUGUUUAAAAAAACCCACAAGAAACAAAGCUUGUUCAAUCUACCUGCGGUGACUGAUGCAAAAACCAUCAUAUGCAAAAUCCAAAGGAACCGAAAAGUAUUUUACAACUUGUAUCACUAAUGCACUGUUGUAAUAUAUGCAGGGUCUUCAAGGUAGAAUCGUGAAAGUGAAUUUCUUUAUAGAAUGCCAUUAUAUACAUUAGAUAAGUGUUUCAACCUUUUUGGGUUGAUAGAAUUGCCAGUUCAAAGGAGCGCGGUUUUUUUUAAUUUAAGUGAUAUAUUCAUUUCCAAUUAAAUUCAACUAGUACAAAUUGGAAUGACUGGAAAAUGAGUCUGACAAGCUGCAGAAAUCCUGCACAGAAUUAGUUUACCGUGUACCUUUCCAUUUCCGUUAUAGGGAUUCAGUGUUAUGCAGACAUUUUUAAGGAUCAGAAUUAAUUGAUAAAUGUGUGGCUACCUAAAGGAAAAUCAAAUACAGUAGCCUUCCUUGAGGAAGGGAGGUAACAUCUCUAUAAUGAAUUGCACCUCCUGAAUAAAAGUGAUCUAGUUAGAAACCAUCACCACCUUCCAUACGACAGAGCAUUCAUCAGAAUGAGACUUGCCACACAAACUAAUAAAAUCCAAUUUUAUUUGUCUUUAGGUGUUUUUCCUAAGAAUGUUCUAGUCCAUUGAAAAACCACAUGUGCAGUUGAACCAGCUUGCUUUUCAGAUAUUUAAGAGAUUCUAGUUGUUUCUACAACCAACAGGAGGAGUUCAAUUACAUUGUUAUCCUGAAGAGAGAACUUUGUGCGUUUGUUAAGCAUAUUAAAGGGGAACAAACAAUUUUAACAAUGUCCUUAUUAGCUCAUAUUAUUUGCAGUGCGGAUUAUGGAUGUAGUGUAGCAGGGCUAUCAGAAUGCAGAGAUUUCAAAAGUUGUGGGGGAUUUUAUCCUCUAACAUAUUUGUGAUCGAAGUAGGAGCCAUUCAUUCGUUAUAGCAUAUUUGAUGUAACAGUUGGGAUUUUCUUUUUUUUUCCCUUUUUUUUAACUUCCUAAAUUGCACUUGGAAAGCACGUAAAUUAAGACGGACUGCAGAUUAGUGUUUUCAUCACAAUGAGUCAUUUCCAGUAUCUUUGCUUGCAACUUCAAUUUUUAAAAUACCUCAAAGCAAAUGCUAUGGGGAUAAAGGGCUAGCCUUGGAACCCAUUUAUAUACCAAAAUCAUUAUGGGAAAGGAUUUUAAAUUUAUAAAUUUGAAUAUUGCACACAAAAAUCAAGGUUUUUCUUAAACCUGCCUGAUUUAUGGUCUUAGUAAGAUGCAGUGUUUUUUUUUUGCGGGGGUGGGGAAGGAGAGAGGAUACAUUCUGCCUGCAAUAAAUUAUGCAGUAAAUGGUUAUAAAAUGUUGUUCCCUUUUAAGAGUUUACACAGAGGUAUGUCAGACUGUAGUGUUUGUAGUUUAAUUUUCCAUCCAGAAGUGAUUUUUUUUUAAAUUGUAUAUCUACUCGUGCUUUGUUUUGGGGUGUUCUGCUCCUUAUACAGAUUUGGCAGCUACUUCAAGGUAGCAUCAGUGCUGAUUUUAACGCUGCCAUUCCAGUACUUGUCCCUGGUGGGAUGUGUACACACCUGAAAACCCAUUAGAGGUUAGAGCCUUUGGUAACUUUAUUUUUUACAAUAAGCACUCUUUUACUACCAUGUUUUAUUUUAUAAAUUUUAGAAUUAUUUUGCAUGGAUCACUGUAAACAGAUGACCCACACACACUUAUUUCCAAUGCCUUUAACAUAACUAUGGUGUUGACUAGAAAUACUUUUUUAAAUGUACUUAUGAGCACUUAUUUCAGCUUGAGGAUUUCCAUAUAUUUAUGUAUGGAGCAGAGAUUUACCCCAAACAAACCAUUUGAAUCUGUACUGCUUUGUUCAAGUCUGUUAUUACAAUUCCAUUUGUGUCGUAGGGUUGCAGCAUUGACUCGUCAGGUGUUCCAGAGACUGUAGUGAACAUUAAUACAGGCAGUUUAUCCCGUUUAGCUAGUUUAGAGUGAGACUUUUUGUUGUUGUUGUUGUCUUUUUAGUAUGUUUUUUUAUGAAAAAGGAGUUGUGAGGUGUGAAAUGAUGCUGUCUUGGGGAGAAGCUAUAAAGUACAAGUUUUAAGCUUUGCUGUCUCCUGUCUUGUUACCCAAUAAAGUAAAGCUUUGAAACCAUAGGAGAGAACUUUUCAUGAAUGCUGCAUUAAUAGAUUAAUAGUUAAGGAAAGAAUAUAAUGUCCUAUAUAUUUGCUCUAACUUCCUAAAUGUUUUCUUGGAAUCUGUCUCCCAGUAAUACUAUUCCAUAACAUUUAGGCAGUCUCACUUACUUGAGCACUUUUUUCUAAGUUGCAUUAUGGGAUUCAUCUACAAGGGGGGAAAUUACCUUUUUCUUGCAAAAGGUACCGUACCUUCCAGAUGUGAUUGCUGUAACUAAUGGGAGGUAGGAGCAUGUCUCCGGUAGUUUGAUUAGGGGAGUAACCAAAAGCACAGUGUGUUUGGGUGGGGGAUGUAUAUACAACUAUCUUAAUGGUAUUUUGUUGCAAAAAGUAGAAAGCAUGGAUAUAAAACUGGGAUAAAAUCAUAUGUUGUUUAAUAGGAGUUUACACAGCGAGGGUCUUAAGAAACAUUCUCUCCUGCUUUUUAUACUACAUUCCCUAUUUAGAAUUCCUGUACAAAUAUAUACACAUGUACACAGUAUAUGUUUUGCACUGGAGCUCUUCAAAAAAUACUGGGUGUCUAGUGCAGUAGAGAACAUUUCAAAUCAAUCUUCUCUAAAAACUUUUAUGGCAGCUUUAUAUAAUAGAUUUAAAAAAAAACGAAAAAAAACUUUUAAACCUGGAACUGAAGAUAAAUAACUAUUUCAGCAAUAACAUAAGAGAAGUCCAAGAUGCAUUUUGGUUCUAAUUUCAAGUGUUUCAUUUAAACAAAGUAUUGUUUAGGCUGAGAUUUGUUCCCUAGGUCAGUAAUGUCUGACUUAAGUCUCUUAGAGAGAGUAGCAGCAAAAUAGUUAUGUUCUUGAAAAAGGCUAAUAAUUGGCACCAGAAACUCAUAGCUCUAGUCAGUGGUGUGAUGUUCACUAAUGAACACAAGGAAGGAAAUCUAAAACUGUUCCAGUAUCUUCAAUAUUGUUCAUAAACUUGCUUGAACCAAACAUCUCCAGUUGACAUUUCUAGGAGACAGAGGAAUGCUGUUCAUGGCAGCUUCUUUUUGAGUGUACUAUGCAAGUUUAGUGCUUAAGUGAAAUGAGAGAACACACACAUUUUGUAAUUUGCCAUCUGCUGUAGUCCUUCCUACUGUGGUCUCACCUACUGAAAAGCCCUAUAAGUACCACCAUGUCUUAGUGUUGUUAGACUAUAGUUCAUGGUACAGAUUUUUGUAUACCAGGGUACUCUACAUCGAGUCUUUACAAAGCAAUCUGGCUUCUGCAUGGAAGAUGGGCCACUUACAGUAUCUAAGAAAGAUUCUAAUUUUUAAUUUGGAAUAGCUCCCCAGGGCUUGAACACAGUAUUAUAUGCCAUUAGUCUGGUUUUUAAACAUAUUACUCUUUUUCUGGGUAGAUUAGUGCAGCAGCCUUUUAAGACCAUUGUAGGUUUAAGUCCACUAAGGGGGGUUGGAAAAUACCAUGUGAGAGAAACCUUCCCUUUAUUGGAACACAAUAAUAAUGAUGCAUCAUUUACAACUUUUGGGAAGAGAGAACAGGUGCUGGGAUUGUUAAUUGGAUUGUAAUUUGCAAUUGAUCAGAAAGUAGUUUGCACAGUUCCUAGUAGAGAAUAGACAGAUCUUCUCCAGCAGGUGUCGCUAUAGGAUAAUUUGUGGAAGGUCAAAAUUAAUUCAGUAAUCCCCAUUUUGAACUGCAUUCUUUUCAUGGCAGCCUGUUAGAAAAUGCAAGGGAGAAUUAAACUUGUCUAAAUAUUUCCGCCUAAAGAAUCACUUUUCUAAUCUUGUGCAUUUAGCAGCUCUAAGCCUCCUGUAGAAACAGUUGCACAUGCUGAAGGGCAAUGUUUAUAAAGAAAACAUUGCAGUAAAGUCAGGAUUGUUUUUUUACCGUCAUGCUUUGUUCUGACUUUUUUAGAUCUAUUUAGAGAUCUUCUCUAGUGGCUUUCCAGCAGGCUGUCUUCAUCUGUGUGUCCUGAAAGAAGUUGGGGGUGGUAGGGAAGUGGGUUGCAGGGAGGAGGAGUGAUGCUGAGGAGAAUGUACACUUGGAAAUAUCUGAAAACCACAAUUUUGAGGGUCCACUUGUAAUAUCAAAUAUUCUAAACAGUUGUUAACCUCUAAAACUCCAAAAUAAAAAAAACAUGACAGUAACUUUUCCAAACUGGUGUGACUUUUGGGCACUUAGCAGGCGAACUGGGAAAGCUUUUUUUUAGCUGGCUGCUGUACAGACUUGUUUUAAGUAGAAUGGAUUUGUUAGUGGGUUUUUUAUUGUGAUGCUAUUAUUGGCUGCCCUCAUGUCUAAGAUCUGAAAAAAAAUGAGUGCAUGCAACAGAAGUACAAGAGGCCCCAGUAAUAGUGCUCAUGUUUGUUAUGAAAUAGGCACAGGUUUCCUUUUUUAUGACUUUUUUUCAAACUGUCUUACAAGCAGUUAUAUUGGUACUUUUUUAAGUUUAGGUCAAUGUUGUCUUCCAGAAUAAGUUUUAAAGCAUCACUCACUUCUACAUUGAACUAUUGCAUCAACACAAAGGAGUGGAGAUUCCAUCCUGAGCCAGUUCAAUUAUGUGUAAAUUCAUACUUUUUUUAUUUUUUAUGCAAUCCAAUGAGUAGAUGAGCUCAGAUUUAAAUUCUUAAAAGCACGUUUAUUGUAACAAGAAUUGUUAUGUAUUAAUACUUCAGUUUUCAAUAAAGAUUGACUUGUGUUGCUUA